CAACUGCUAGGACCUAUUAGACGCCACUAUACUAGGGUUUCUGUACUUUAGCUUCUGAUUUUAUUUCCCAUUAUCCUCAGUCACAGGCAUUUGUGACUGAGAGCGUUCUUUGCCUCUCUCAGUAUUGGAAUUGCUUCUUCUGAGGAAAUUAUCCUUGCAAUAUCUUGAUUUUUGGGGUUGCUAACUAAGAACAGUCAAGAUGGUGAAGUUUUCUGCAGAGGAGCUUCGCAGGAUUAUGGACCUGAAACACAACAUUCGUAAUAUGUCUGUCAUUGCCCAUGUGGAUCAUGGGAAGUCUACUCUUACCGAUUCUCUUGUGGCAGCUGCUGGAAUCAUUGCACAAGAAGUUGCAGGAGAUGUUCGGAUGACUGAUACCCGCGCAGAUGAGGCGGAGCGUGGCAUUACUAUUAAAUCGACUGGUAUUUCUCUGUUCUAUGAGAUGACAGAGGAUGCUCUGAAAAGCUUCAAGGGGGAUCGUAUGGGGAACGAGUAUCUGAUCAAUUUGAUUGAUUCCCCUGGGCACGUAGACUUCUCAUCUGAGGUCACAGCUGCUCUCCGUAUUACUGAUGGUGCACUUGUGGUGGUGGACUGUGUUGAGGGUGUGUGUGUGCAAACUGAGACUGUGCUACGACAGGCUCUUGGUGAAAGGAUUAGGCCUGUGUUGACUGUUAACAAGAUGGACAGGUGCUUCCUUGAGCUUCAGGUGGAUGGAGAAGAGGCUUACCAGACCUUUCAGAGGGUCAUUGAGAAUGCUAAUGUGAUUAUGGCCACGUAUGAGGAUCCACUUCUUGGGGAUGUUCAGGUUUACCCUGAGAAAGGAACAGUUGCCUUUUCUGCUGGUCUUCAUGGUUGGGCCUUCACUUUGACCAAUUUUGCCAAGAUGUAUGCAUCAAAGUUUGGUGUAGAUGAGUCAAAGAUGAUGGAGAGGCUCUGGGGUGAAAAUUAUUUUGACCCUGCCACCAAGAAAUGGACCAGCAAGAGCACUGGGUCCGCAACCUGCAAGAGGGGUUUUGUUCAGUUCUGUUAUGAACCUAUCAAGCAGAUUAUCAAUACUUGUAUGAAUGAUCAAAAAGACAAGCUGUGGCCAAUGUUGCAGAAGCUUGGUGUGACCAUGAAGUCUGAUGAGAAAGAAUUGUGUGGAAAGGCUUUGAUGAAGCGUGUCAUGCAGACCUGGCUCCCAGCUAGCAGUGCGCUUCUUGAAAUGAUGAUCUUUCACCUUCCAUCUCCUUCUAAGGCCCAAAAGUACCGUGUUGAGAACUUGUACGAGGGUCCCAUGGAUGAUAUUUAUGCUAAUGCAAUUAGGAACUGUGAUCCUGAUGGACCUCUUAUGCUUUAUGUGUCCAAAAUGAUUCCAGCCUCUGACAAGGGUAGGUUCUUUGCUUUUGGCCGUGUUUUUGCUGGCAAGGUCUCAACAGGUUUGAAGGUUAGAAUCAUGGGACCUAACUAUGUCCCUGGCCAGAAGAAAGACCUGUAUGUUAAAAGUGUGCAGAGAACUGUUAUUUGGAUGGGAAAGAAGCAGGAAUCAGUUGAGGAUGUACCUUGUGGUAACACAGUUGCUUUGGUUGGUCUUGACCAGUUCAUUACCAAGAAUGCAACCCUGACAAAUGAGAAGGAAGUUGAUGCUCAUCCAAUUCGUGCUAUGAAGUUCUCCGUCUCACCAGUUGUUCGUGUGGCUGUGCAAUGUAAGGUUGCUUCAGAUCUUCCAAAACUUGUUGAGGGUCUAAAACGUCUGGCCAAGUCAGAUCCUAUGGUGGUGUGUAUGAUAGAGGAAUCCGGGGAGCACAUUAUUGCUGGUGCUGGUGAGCUACACCUUGAGAUCUGUUUGAAGGAUUUGCAAGAAGACUUUAUGGGUGGAGCUGAGAUCAUUCAAUCCGAUCCAGUUGUUUCUUUCCGUGAGACUGUCCUUGAGAAGUCAUGCCGUACUGUGAUGAGCAAGUCACCAAACAAGCACAACCGUUUAUACAUGGAAGCAAGGCCCAUGGAGGAAGGUCUUGCAGAGGCCAUCGAUGAUGGGCGUAUUGGUCCAAGAGAUGAUCCUAAGGUUCGUUCAAAGGUCCUGUCAGAGGAGUUUGGGUGGGACAAAGAUCUUGCCAAGAAGAUCUGGUGUUUUGGACCUGAGACCACAGGACCUAACAUGGUCGUUGAUAUGUGUAAGGGAGUACAAUAUCUGAAUGAAAUCAAGGACUCAGUUGUUGCUGGUUUCCAGUGGGCUUCAAAAGAGGGAGCUUUGGCUGAAGAAAACAUGAGGGGUAUCUGCUUUGAGGUUUGUGAUGUGGUGCUGCAUGCUGAUGCCAUCCACAGAGGAGGUGGUCAGGUUAUUCCAACUGCUAGGAGGGUCAUCUAUGCUUCCCAGCUCACUGCCAAGCCCAGGCUUUUGGAGCCAGUCUACCUUGUUGAGAUCCAGGCUCCGGAGCAGGCACUUGGUGGUAUCUAUGGUGUUCUGAACCAGAAGCGUGGCCACGUCUUUGAGGAAAUGCAAAGACCAGGUACCCCGCUCUACAACAUCAAGGCUUACCUUCCUGUCAUCGAGUCAUUUGGAUUCUCAAGUACGCUCAGGGCUGCAACCUCUGGUCAGGCCUUCCCCCAGAGUGUGUUUGAUCAUUGGGACAUGAUGUCCUCUGACCCGUUGGAGCCUGGAACCCAGGCUUCACAGCUGGUUGCUGACAUUAGGAAGCGGAAAGGUUUGAAGGAGCAGAUGACGCCACUCUCCGAGUUUGAAGACAAGCUUUAAGCUGCCAAUUUACUGUUGGUGAGGCAAGUUGAGCUAUAGAGAUAAGAUUCAUAGGUGAGCCUGAGCAGAAAACUUUUCCCUAGACCGUUAAAAUCCCGCUUCCCCUCUUCCUUUUGGGCCCCCUUGUUCGAGUUUACUGAGCAAAUGUGAGUGCUCAGUUUUUAUGUCUCCUAGGUCUUGCUCGUGGUUAUAAGUACAAUGAUGAUUUUGUUAUUUCUCUAGGUAAUUAGGUAUUUGGUUUAUAUUUUGGAACUUUUUAUUCCAGCACUUAAAAUGCCUGGGAGAAUUAUAUAUGGUUACAAUUUUCCCUGGACAGUACUUAAUGAUGAUUUUGAACUUUUAUCUUUUAAA